AAAAUAACUUCCUCAUAUGCCUCCUUCUCCAUUGUUAUACAACUCGUACUCGUAUGGAUUGCCACCGGAACCACCUUGUGAAGCAGCUCCAUUACUUCCAGAACCUUCUUCUUUUACAGUGCGUCCACCUGCACCACCAACGGUACCACCACUACCCGGACCACUUGUACUGCCAGGGUUCCCAUCUCUACAAUCGCCACCAGACAACCUGACAAAGCCCGAAAACGUUCCGUCUCCUCCUCCACAGCCUAGGUUGCCACCACUUCCACCUUUACCAACAUACACUUUCAAUUUAUCUCCAGGCGCUACAGUUGUGUCUCCAAAAGCGGUGCCACCUGCACCACCUCCACCAAUAACCAAACAUCUGGCUUUGUGGACAACUUCAGGUAUUGUCACCACGNGAAAGAAGCAGGAGCGUCAUCUUGCAAAAAACGAUCCAACGAGUUUUCUUCUAAAUACCCUUGAAACUGAAUACGAUGACCUCCUUGAACAGACUCAUAGACUCUUCCUUCUAUCAACGAAACAUUUUCUAAUGCACACAAACUGGGUAUGAAACUUGUAUCCAGUAAAGUAUCAUUUGCUUUC